CGUGUGCGUGUGUAUAUCCCUCUGAAGGUGGAGCCCUCUUGCAAUAAAAAGAGGGGGGGGGCAAAUAACAACUUAAAAUAAGUGCCUGUCUGAGCGGUCCUGCCUCUCUUCUGCCUGUCAUGUUUUUGCACCAGGCUGAACUGGACAAUUCUCUACUCUUCUACAUGGGAGCCACGGUGCUCUACGGGGGGACAAUAUUUUAUCGCGCUAAGAAGAACCGAGUGGAAAAAGCCCCCCCUUUCCGCUGGGGUCUCCUGUUGCUUUUGACCCUGGAAGUCCUGUGCUUCACCACCUUGGGAAGUUCUCUGGGCUUGACUUUAUUCUCCCUGGCGUGUCUCGUGUUUUGUUUUUAUACUCCUGCGCAAGCUAUGUUGCCCGUGAAUCGCAAAGCCGUGUUCAUCACAGGAACUGACAGUGGAAUCGGCCAUGAGCUUGCAAAAUACCUUGACAGUUUAGGAUUUACUGUCUUUGUCAGCGUCUUAGAUGCAGCAGGCCCUGGUGCCAAAAAGCUGAAGGAAACCUGCUCAGAAAGACUUUCCAUCCUGCAAUUGGAUAUCACCAGUUCUGCACAAAUAAAGGAGGCUUAUCUUGAAAUAAAGCAGAAGUUGCAACAUGAAGAGCUCUGGGCUGUUAUCAACAAUGCGGGAAUCCUGGGGUUCGUAGCUGACGGAGAACUGCUCCCCAUGAGUUCUUACAAGCAGUGCAUGGAUGUCAAUUUCUUUGGCCCUGUUGAAUUAUCCAAAAUGUUCUUACCCUUACUCCGAAAGUCCAAGGGAAGGAUUAUUAACAUCUCAAGCCUGGCAGGAGGAAUCCCAAUGCCAUUGUUUGCUGCUUACGGUGCCUCUAAGGCAGCCCUCUCCAUGUUUUCCGGGGUUAUGAGGCAGGAGCUGUCCAAGUGGGGCAUCAAAGUUGCCGUUCUUCACCCAUCAGGCUUCAAAACAUCAAUUGGGGGAAAUCCUGAAGACUGGAAAAAGGAAGAUCAGAGGCUGCUGGAGAGCCUAGCUCCAGAUGUGAAGAAAGAUUAUGGUGAGGAUUACAUCCAUAAACUGAGGAUGUUCCUCAGUCAGAUGACUUCGAUUUGCUCAUCAGAUUUCUCGCCCGUGUUCUCUGAUGUUCUACAUGCUUUGCUGGCUGAGCAUCCAAAAGGUUUAUACACUCCAGGCAAGAAUAGCUACACAUUCCUUCUCAUGUUCUGUUAUUCUCCUCUCUGGUUUUAUGACUUUUUCAUGGACAAAUUAAUGGGGGCCCACGUCUUGCCUUCUGCGCUCCAAACACCAGAAAGACAAAAACAGGUCAUAAGCUGAACAAGAAAUCCAUGCACCCGUCAAAAAUGGAAGUUGAUAGUCCGUCACAAUUUUUGAAGAUUCGUGCCCUUUAUUUGAUAAGCUAUUCAGCUAAUUAUGCAACCUAGGAAACCAAUAAAUAAUAGACAGAUGUAGAGGUAUAUAUGAAUAUGUGUAGAUUUAGGGUGGUACAGAAGAAAGAUGUUUUAACAGUAUAAUAGCUAACAUCUCGUGAUAAUGCCUUCAGGGUUUGUUUGUUUGUUUUGAGAUAGAGAUUAGCUUUUUCUGGAAUUGUAUUUUGUGUUUUGGGGCACUGCUGUAAAACUCUUCCUUUUUCCAAAGAUUUAUAUCUAAUUUCUCUGAUCUUUUGUUGACCUAAUCCAAUCAACACAUAUUAUAUGUACACUAUAUUCUUUU